GGCUGGCAGGAGAGACCGGGGUGGGUGUGUGGGUUGCAACGCUGCUGGGUUCUCAGAGAAAGAAUGCUCAGGGUUCCAUGUUUUCCUUUCAUGGUAGUGUGGUGUGACCUUUGAGGACGUGGCCGUGUACUUCUCCUGGAAGGAGUGGAGGCUUCUUGAUGAGGCUCAGAGACGGCUGUACCACCAUGUGAUGCUGGAGAACUUUGCACUUGUAUCGUCACUGGGUUGCUGCUGUGGAGCAGAGGAUGAGGAGGCCCCCUUUGCACAGAGCGCUUCUGUAGGCGUUUCACAGACCUGGACGCCCAGGGCUGCUCUGUCUUCCCGGAAGACCCACCCCUGUGAGAUGUGCGGUCCCGUCUUGAGAGACAUUUUCCACUUGGCUGAGCUCCAGGGGAAAGAAAACAGCCAGAAACGGUUGAGGUGUGGGGCCUGCGGGAAACAAUUUUCUUUCAGUGUGAAGAUGGAGCAGCAGCAGCAGCAGGAGCAGCCCGCGGGAGCAAAACCAUUCAGAAGCCGUGUGGACAGGGCCUCUGCUGUCAAGAGCUGGGGAUCCGGUGGUUCGGGAAAGCCCUUUACCUAUGGAGAGGUUGAGAAGGACUUGCUGUCUGGCUCGGGGCAUCUGGGGCAAGAGGCCACUCGUACUGGGGAGAAGUCACACACGAUGCCCCACUGCAGGGCAACGUUACGACACGGAAGCAGUCAUGGCACUUGGGGCCAAUGUAAGAAUGCUUUUGGUCCCAUACACACAGAUACUCGGGAGCAGGGUGUCCACCUUGGUAGACAGUCCUUUGUGUGCAGUGAAUGUGGGAAAACUUUCAGGUACAAAUCCUUAUUUGCCAUACACCAGAGAUACCAUACUGGAGCACGACAUCAUGAGUUUGGUCCAUGUGGAAAAUCCCUUGGGCAACGACCAACCCUGAAUGAACAUGGGAAGACUCAGGGUGGAUCCAGGCAGUACACGUGCAGCAAAUGUGGGAAAUCCUUAGGUGGCAAAUGUGUCCCCCUUAAUGUCCAGAAAUUGCCCAGUGGAGGGAAAAAUUAUGUUUGUAGCGGGUGUGUGAAAUCUGUCAGUGGUAGCUCAGUGUUGAAUACUCAUAGGGUUCAGUCUGGAGAUAGGUUUUAUAAGUGUCGCGUAUGUGCAAAAUCUUUUCCGUCUAUGUCUGCCCUCUGUUACCAUCAGCGAUCUCACACAGGGAAAAGACAGUAUGAGUGUAGUGAUUGUGGGAAAUCUGUUACCAGUACUUCAUCUCUCCGUUCUCACCAGAGACUUCACACUGGAGAAAGGCCUUAUAAAUGCAAUGAAUGUGGGAAAUGUUUUGUUCGUAUUACUUACCUCCGUUAUCACCACAGAGUUCACAGUGGAGAAAGGCCUUACAAGUGUAGCAAAUGUGGCAAAUCUUUUAUGAGUCGUAAUGGCCUCCGUUAUCACCAUAGUGUUCACACUGGAGAAAAGCCUUACAUGUGCCGUGAAUGUGGCAAAUCUUUUAUAAGUAAUUCUGAGCUCUCUUCUCACCAGAGGGUUCACACUGGAGAAAAGCCUUAUAAGUGCAAUGAAUGUGGGAAAUCACUUGCUAGGAGUUCUGCCCUCCGUAGUCAUCAGAGAGUUCACAGUAAAGAAAGGCCUUAUGCAUGCGUUGAAUGUGGGAAAUCUUUUAGCCAAAAAAUUUACCAACGUUACCAUAUCAAGUUUCACUCAGGUGAAAAGCCUUAUGAGUGUAAUGAAUGUGGGAAAUCUUUUACUGCUAGAUGUUCCUUCCGUUUUCACCAGCGAAUUCAUGCUGGACAAAAGCCUUAUCAGUGCAAUGAAUGUGGGAAAUCCUGUUCUACUAUUUAUGGCCUCCGUAGUCACCAGAGAGUUCACACUGGAGAAAGGCCUUAUGAGUGCCAUGAAUGUGGGAAAUCGUUUACCUGUAAUUCUGCUCUCCGUUAUCACCAGAGAGUUCACACUGGAGAAAGGCCCUACAAGUGUCAUGAAUGUGGCAAAUCGCUUAUGAGUAGUACUGGCCUCCGUUAUCACCAGAGAGUUCAUACUGGAGAAAAGCCUUAUGAGUGCCCUGAAUGUGGGAAAUCUUUCACAAGUAGCUCUGGACUCCGUAAUCAUCAGAGAUUUCACACUGGACAAAAGCCUUAUAAGUGCAGUGAAUGUGGGAAAUCUUUUGUCACUAGUAAUGAACAUCGUGAACACCAGAGAGUUCACAGUGGAGAGAGGCCUUAUGAAUGCCCUGAAUGUAGUAAAUCCUUUCCCCGAAAAAGUACCCUCAAUGUACACAAAAAGCUUCACUCAGGUGAACGGCCUUAUGAGUGUAGUGAAUGUGGGAAAUCAUUUACUGCUAGUUCUGCCCUCCGUUACCACCAGAGACUUCACACUGGAGAAAGACCUUAUCAGUGCAAUGAAUGUGGGAAAUUUUACACUGCUAGUUCUGCCCUCCGACGUCACAAGAGAGUUCACACUGGAGAACGGCCUUAUGUGUGUAAUGAAUGUGAGAAAGCAUUUGCUGAUAGUUCUGCCCUCCAGCGUCACAAGAGAGUUCACACUGGAGAGAGGCCUUAUCAAUGCCGUGAAUGUGGGAAAUCUUACAUUAGUUAUAGUGGUUUUACAUAUCAUUACAGCCUUCACACUGCAGGAAGGAUCUAAAACAGCACAGAAGGUGAUUCUUCUUGCCUUGAGGCAUUUAGGUUGGAGGACAAACUCUGAGGCAGCAAGUUACCUGAAUUGGAACGUGGUUUCCCUGAAUGUCCCCAGUGCAGGGACUUCCCAUAAGAUCCAGUCAUUUUCAGAAAAAUGUGCAUAGUGCUUUCUGAUGUGGGUGCAGUCACUGCAAGAUGGAAGUCACUGGCAGUUUCUGGAACCUGGCAGUUCCCAGUAGUGUGCGUAUGUCACCACCCUAACAUGGUUAAUGAUGUCGAGCUGUUCACGUUCUCGACUGCUCAUUCAAAUUCUGGGUACCUGGAACCCCUCGUUCCAUUCCCAGUAAGGGCAUGGAUGUGACCAGUGUGGAUCCACAGUGGGCGUUGUGAGUUCUAGGUGGUGACUCGCACAGGAAGGCCAAGUCCCACAGGGGUGUUGCUGGUCUCCUGAUGCUUUGAUGACUUAUUUGCAGCUUCCAGGUCACCACACAGGAAUUGUGUGCCCCAUGUUGCUCUGAUUAAUGUAUCAGUAAGUGCCAUGUUUGUUUAAUUACCUUUGAUCUUAGACAUUGUGUGCACUCGAAGGGGUGGUUUGAAAGCAGCAUCGGGCUCUCCCACAUGAAGGAAUGAGCAGAUCGCAUUCCAUCCCAUACUUGCUGUAUCUCUGAGAGGAACAUUGCAAAUGUAUCAGUAAUACUGACGUGCAUAUACAUAUGUACAUACUCCAGCCUGUGUGUUAAUUUGCGUUAUAACCCAGGACCUUUGUGAUGAGCUGAAUUGUAUACCCAAAUCCGUAUUUUGCAGUAUGACCCCGAAUAUCUCACAAGGUGAGGAUAGUUAGAGCAUCUUUAAAGACAUCAUGAGGUUGAAGUGGGUUAUUAGGAUGGACUCAUGCGGUAUGGCUCGCACCAUGAGAAGAGGAGAUGAGGAAUCUGGCACCCAGGGAUGACCAUGGGCGGACACGGAAUCCCCAUCUGCAAGCCAAGGAGAGAGGCCUCAGAAGAAACUAAACCAGCUGACAUCUUAUGUUCAAUUUCGAGACUCCAGAUUGGGGUGAAAUAAAUUUCUCUUGUCUGGUCA